AACGCACACGGGUACUUACCUCUUUCCUGGGCUUUUCAGGAAACGCGUAACUUUCUAUAAAUAUUCUUCGUCAAAAUUUACCGCCCCAUCAUUCGCAUUCUCUGUUUGGCGUUUCUCCUUGGUCGAGCUUGCGGAUCCGUCUGUCACUCACAAACCCCAAAUUUUAAGAAAUUCGAUAGCUUCAACAAUCAACGCCUCUCAAAACCAGUUUCAGCUGAAUAUUUGGCUCUGGAUUUUCUGUCAUCUCGUAGGUAAGUGAGAAUGGAAGUUUUGAUAGUAGAACAAGGAACGCUGGGGCAGUAUAAUGAUAACAAGAUCCGUACACCUAAGAGAAAACGUUCAAAUUUCCUGCAUCAUGGAAAGGAAGAAGGAUCCUCAAAUGGCAAAAGGAUUUCAAAAAAGCGAAGUGCCUCCUCAAAUGUGGUAGAAAGUUGUGAAAAUGAUUUUUCAAUGGAUGAAUUGGAAGAAGAUGAAGAAAUUAUGUUUUUGAUUAAGGCACGAUCGCGGAAAAGGAGGAGUGUUGACUGUGAAGUGAUGGGAAGAGAUUCCUCAAAGGAUGAAAGAGUAAAAUAUGAGUUAAGGAAUACUACUAGCAAAAUUUCAUCCUCUUCACCACCAUCUUCAUCUGGAUCAUCAUGCACUUCGAAAUAUACGGAGCAGGAUAAUAGAGAAGUUUAUUUGAAGUGUCAUCAUUGUAUGAAAGAGGAGAAGAAAACCAUAGUUUCCUGCUCCAAGUGUAAAAAGAACUCCUAUUGCAUCCGCUGUAUCAAGCAAUGGUAUCCUCACAUGAAAGUAAAGGAAGUGAAGGACCUCUGCCCAUUUUGCCGCAGAAAUUGCAACUGUAAUGCAUGCCUGCACUCAACUGGGGUGAUUGAGACACCAAAGAGGGAUAUAAGUGAUCGUGAGAGGGCUCAGCAUCUGGAGUGUUUAAUUUCCAACCUGCUUCCAUUUUUAAAGCAAAUUUCUCAAGAACAAGUUCAAGAGAUAGAGAUUGAAGCUAAUAUUCGAGGACUUUCACCUUCCGAAUUUGAAAUACCACAGACCCUUUGUUUCAAUGAUGAGCGUGUCUAUUGCAACCAUUGUGCAACUUCAAUCAUUGAUCUACAUCGAAGCUGCCCAAAAUGUUCUUAUGAACUUUGUCUAAGUUGUUGCCGAGAAAUUCGCCAGGGAUGCCUCUUAGACCGUGGAGAAGUGAAAUUUCAAUAUAGGAGUAGGGGUUAUGAUUACAUCCAUGGUGGAGACCCAUCACCUGACUGUUGUCCCUUAGAAGCUUCAGAGGACCAUAAUGAGCCGUUCACUGAGUGGAAGGCAAACGAUGAUGCUACUGUUACUUGUGCUCCGAAAGAAAUGGGUGGCUGUGGUGAUUGCAUGUUGGAUCUUAAGCGAAUCCUUCCACCUGACUGGAUCUCAAAUUUAGAAGUCAAAGCAAAACAUUUAUUAGAGAUUUUCCGAACAGAACAUUCUACUUUCAAGCAUGAUUGUGCUGAAACAAGAAAAGAUACGUUACUAAAAGCAGCUUCUAGAGAGGAUUCUUGUGACAACUUCUUAUUUUGUCCAGAUUCAAGGGACACUCUGAAAGAAGAAGGGCUUUUGCGCUUCAAAGAACAUUGGGUUAAUGGUGAACCAGUUAUUGUCAGAAAUGUGCUUGAACAGGCAAAUGGAUUGAGCUGGGAGCCAAUGGUCAUGUGGCGUGCUUUAAGUGAAAAUAUGGAUACAGCUAGUACCUCGCAGUUUUCAAAAGUAAAGACCAUCGAUUGCCUGGCGGGUUGUGAGGUGGAAAUCAAUACUCGUGAAUUUUUUGAAGGAUACACCGAAGGGAGAAUGUAUAGUAAUUUAUGGCCAGAGAUGCUUAAGCUGAAGGAUUGGCCCCCUUCUGAUAAGUUUGAGGACCUUUUGCCCCGCCAUUGUGAUGAAUUUAUCAGUGCCUUGCCAUUUCAAGAGUACACGGAUCCUAGAGCUGGUAUUCUCAACCUUGCUGUUAAGUUGCCACCAGGUGUUUUGAAACCAGACAUGGGCCCAAAAACAUAUAUUGCUUAUGGGCUUAUGGAAGAGCUUGGAAGAGGGGACUCUGUAACUAAACUUCAUUGCGACAUGUCCGAUGCAGUGAAUAUUUUGACACACACAUCAGAAGUACAGCUAAGUGAUGAGCAGCAAUCUGCAAUUUCAAGGUUGAACAAAUUACAUAGGGCCCAAGAUGAAAGAGAGCUUAUGGAUUGGAUGAAUUCUCUCAAGGAUGGUGGACAACCUGGUCAACAGACACAGGAUACAGAAGCCCUAGAAAACACUCUCUCUCCUGAAAUUAACGUAGAAUUGAAAGUACCAGAAGAUGAAGAUGAAGAUGAGUUAGAUGGGCCCACUACAUCAGGUUCUUCCUCCACUGAAGUGGCAGAGGAAACUGGUGGUGCUUUGUGGGACAUCUUCCGGAGAGAGGAUGUUCCUAAAUUAGAGGCAUACCUUAUGAAACAUUAUAAGGAAUUUAGGCACACCUAUUGUUCACUAGUUGAACGGGUCAUUCAUCCAAUUCAUGACCAAUCUUUUUAUUUAACAUUGGAGCACAAAAAGAAGCUGAAGGAGGAAUUUGGUGUUGAACCAUGGACAUUUCUACAAAAACUUGGAGAGGCAGUAUUUAUUCCAGCCGGAUGUCCACACCAAGUCAGGAAUCUCAAGUCUUGUACAAAAGUAGCAGCAGACUUCGUAUCUCCUGAAAACGUCCACGAGUGCCUCCGUUUGACCGAGGAGUUCAGACAACUUCCGAAGAACCAUAGAGCUAGAGAAGACAAACUUGAGAUAAAGAAAAUGAUACUUUAUGCAGUCGACGAAGCCCUUAAAGAUUUGGAAGCCUUGGUAUCAACUCAAGUUUGAGCUUUAGGAGCUAACUACCCCAACCUGACAACUAUGCAAUUAUAUUUUUCUCAUAAUACUGAUGUCGGCUUCUGUAAUUUUUUGCUCAGCAACAUUUUUGUAAAGUCGAAAAGUUCGUUGGGGUUCUCUUUGCACUCCAAAUAAAUUGAAGCCAAUUGUACU